AGGGUUUCUAGCGGCGCCGGCGCCAUUUUGACGGAGCCUGCGACCGAGGUGGGAGUGGAGUGGGGCGGCAGUUGUUGCCGACUCUUUCCUGCCCCCAACGGUCCAGUCAGCGGGGUGAUUAGGCUGUCGGCCCUCGAGCCGAAACUUGUCUCUUACUUAGUUCUGUGGAGCGCCUGGCCGACAUGAGUGAUGUAGAGGAAAACAACUUCGAGGGCAGAGAGUCUCGCUCUCAGUCAAAAUCUCCAACCGGAACCCCUGCUCGUGUAAAAUCGGAGAGCAGGUCAGGAUCUCGUAGUCCAUCAAGGGUUUCCAAACACUCUGAAUCCCAUUCUCGAUCAAGAUCCAAAUCCCGGUCAAGGUCAAGGAGGCAUUCUCAUAGACGAUACACUCGAUCCAGAUCCCACUCUCACUCUCAUAGAAGACGCUCUCGAAGUAGAUCAUAUACACCAGAAUACCGGCGGCGAAGGAGCCGAAGUCACUCGCCGAUGUCUAACAGAAGAAGGCAUACAGGAAGCAGGGCAAAUCCAGAUCCCAAUACUUGUCUUGGAGUGUUUGGCCUCAGUUUGUAUACAACAGAGAGAGAUCUUCGUGAAGUAUUUUCUCGAUACGGACCAUUGAGUGGUGUCAAUGUAGUUUAUGAUCAGCGAACUGGGCGAUCUCGAGGAUUUGCUUUUGUGUAUUUUGAGAGAAUAGACGACUCAAAAGAGGCUAUGGAAAGGGCAAAUGGAAUGGAGCUGGAUGGUAGAAGAAUUCGUGUGGAUUAUUCUAUCACUAAGAGAGCACACACACCUACUCCAGGCAUCUACAUGGGCAGACCAACUCAUAGUGGUGGCGGCGGCGGUGGAGGUGGCGGAGGUGGCGGUGGUGGUGGUGGCAGACGCCGAGAUUCUUACUAUGAUAGAGGAUAUGAUCGUGGGUAUGACAGAUAUGAAGACUAUGAUUACCGGUACAGAAGAAGAUCACCUUCUCCUUACUAUAGCCGAUACAGAUCGCGGUCAAGAUCUCGUUCUUACAGCCCAAGACGCUAUUGAUAAUGAAAUGGUUGCAGUUAAGGACUUUUUACCCCCUAAUUUCCUUUUCUCUCUCUCUCU